AUGGACGGCGAGGAGGUGCUCGAGUUCUCUGAUGUUGUGGACGACUGCUCGGUGGACGAAGAUGAGCUUGUUGUUGCUGCGGCCUCGGAAGAAGAAGAGCUUUCUGACGUUGUGGAGCUGCUGGCGGCGGUGCUGGAGCUGCUUUGUGUCGAGCUGCUUUGUGUGACUGUUGUUUGUGCGUUAUUUGAUGAUGAGCUCGAGGAUGACGAUAUGGUAGAGGAAGAAGCUGUAGAAGAAGACACAGAGGUCGAGCUGGAUUCGGCGGACGAAGACGAGGCCGUGGAUGAUGAGGCAGCAGACGAAGACGACGACGAGUCGGAAUCGUCACUGUCGUCUGUUCCGUACACGGUAUAG